CACAACCACGACCACAUAAUCCCCCUUCCCUCCUUCCUUUAUCCCGACCAUAAUUUCUGACUGACCUCCGAAUCACUUUGGUUAAAUCUGUACGCUGAGCACGACAAUGAAGUUCGCAACUCGCUCUCUGUUCGCACUCGCGUUCGCGACUGUGGGCGCGCUCGCGUCAAAUGUGCUUGAGCUCACCCCGGAUAACUUCGAUGAGGUUAUUGGACAGGGGAAGCCUGGUUUGGUCGAGUUCUUCGCUCCAUGGUGUGGACACUGCAAGAACCUCGCGCCUGUAUAUGAACAGCUCGCCGAUGCAUACGCACACGUAAAAAACAAGGUCGUUGUUGCUAAAGUUGACGCAGAUGGCGCCGGAAAGCCUCUGGGCCAAAAGUAUGGUGUUACGGGCUACCCAACACUAAAGUGGUUCAACGCGGAUGGGACGUAUGAACCUUAUGAGGGUGCGAGGGACUUGGAUGCGCUCGCGUCUUUCAUCACCCAGAAGUCGAAUGUCAAGUCAAAGAUUAAGCCUCCCCCUCCUUCCGCCGUUCAAAUCUUGGACGUCAACUCGUUUGAUGAUGUUGUCCUUAACGGCGAGAACGACGCGCUUGUCACCUUCACCGCUCCAUGGUGCGGUCACUGUAAGACCUUGAAGCCUACAUAUGAGAAGGUUGCCCAAGAUUUCCUCCGUGAAUCCAACUGUGUUGUCGCCAACGUCGACGCAGACUCCGCUGUGAACGCUCCUCUCAAGGAGAAGUAUGGCGUCAGCGGUUUCCCCACGAUCAAGUUCUUCCCCAAGGGUGCUUCUGAGCCCAUCGCGUACGAGGGUGCCAGAAGCGAGGAGGCAUUUGUUGACUACCUGAACGAGAAGUGCGGUACUUUCCGUGCCGUCGGCGGUGCUCUCAACGAGAAGGCCGGCCGUGUUGCUCAGCUCGACGACCUCGCCUCCCAGUUUUUCGUGGCUGCGGCCGAUGCACGCGCCGAUAUCUACAAGGAGGCCUCCCAGCUUGCUGCGGAGGUGGGCCCAGCAGCGAAGCAUUACGUGCGCGUGAUGGAGAAAGUCGUGAAUGGUACUGAGGACUAUGUCUCGAAAGAGUCGAAACGUCUUGCGUCGAUCCUUGACAAGAGGUCGCUCGCGGAAGCAAAGCUAGACGAGAUCAAGAUGAAGGCGAACGUCCUUGCUGCGUUCACGGCGAAGAAGGUCGCGGAUGCUGAGGCGAAGGUGGAGGAUACGAUCGAGCGGGCUACUGAGGAGCUGUGAAGUUUCUGAGGAUCGUUUGAGUCUGGCUUUCUGGUGGAUCGGCUGUGUGUGAUUGCUGGCUAUGCCUUAUUUCUGUUUUUGACAUAAGAUAUAACCUGACCGAC